AUGGCUACGGUAAACACAGAAGGGAAAGGGGAGUGGGUACUCAUGUCAGAGUAUGGCUACAUUACCACGAAAGAGUAUAUUAAAUUGGGCACUUCACUGGGCACCAUUCAGGCACUUUCUUCACUACGCAAAAUGAAACUUGCAUGGUGGAGUGCAAAACAAAAAGUUCUUUCACGUAAUCCAUCUUGGAAUACCGUGAGCGAUCAUUACAAUAAUAAUAAUAACAAUAAUAACAAGGACGACGACCACAACGAGAAUACAAAUUGUAAUACCUACAAUACUAUCCAUGAACUUCUUUAUCCACUCCUCUCAGAUAUUGUAUCCAUUGCCGAUAUCACACAUGGUCAGUCCAUGAGUUUAACAAUAUUAAAGAGGUUUCGAAAACAGGCGGAACGUGUUAGGAAUACACCGCGGGAACAUCAAGUGGUGUUUGAAAUGGCGGCAACAGAUGCGGCCAUCACUGGAAUGAAACUUCGGGAGGCGCCGUUAAAUAUUACAUAUGAGGAAGCAAUAGUUUUAACGAGUCUCAUCAGUGAGGCACUCGCAUGGGAAUGGCAUUGGCUUACAUAUGCUGAUAAUCAGAAUAAUAAUAAUAAUAGUAGUAAUAAUAAUAUGGCAUAUGAGGGAAAACAAAGUUCUGGAACGCGUCCUCAUACACUUGCCAUGAUGUUGGAUAAUAGUCCAGAGUUUAAUCUUAUAUGGAUGGCAGUCUCUGAGGCUAGUGUCUGGAUGACAUUCUUAGAUGCCCUUUAUGGAGGUGAAAGACCUAAUGUGAAUUAUCACCAUUGUAGUACAGCUCUUCUAAAUACAAAUCUGGCGAAUCAUCACAUGUUAUCUCAUGGAUUGGAGUGUGUGAAGGCAGAAAUACUAGUGUUGGAGGAAAAGUUUAUUCCUCUCCUCUUUGAGAAGGAAGAGGUGGAAAUUAAUAACCGUGAAAAAGGAGGAGAGAUCAUGAAAAGGAGGAUAGUACUCCCAUCAUGCGUUAAACGUAUUUUUGUCUGGCGAGGAACACCAGCAAAGGCUUUAAAAAGUGUAAGUGGAGUGGAGAGUUGGAUGCUGGAAGAGGUACGGCAUUUCAAUCAACAACAAGAGAGUAAUAUAAAAAGUAAUAAUAUCCAUAUCCACAAUAACAACAAUAGUAGUAGUAGUAGUAGUAAUAACUAUUGCUACUAUGAAAAUCCUGGUAUGAGUGGUGCUAUUUUGGAUCUUUUCGAUCUUGUGCGAUGUUAUUAUCCACCACGAGAAGAAAAAGAAAAAAAGGGAAAACAAAAAGAAGAAGAAGAAGAAGAAGAAUCUUUAUUUCCUAUUCUUACAGAACACAUACUUAGGUUUCCCCCAAAUGUAACUAUUGUAUCAAAAGAAUCAAAAUUUAAAUUACAACAACGUAUAUCCUCUUUACUUGAAAAUAUGAAGAAAGCAUUGCUUCAAUUUCGUCCUGUAAUGCCCAUUUUACACAUAUAUACAUCCGGAACCACUGGUCUCCCUAAAGCUGCACGGUUUAGUCAUUUACGUUUUUUCGCCGCAUUCUUCCUCGCUUCUGUACUCCCGCAACGUCAGAAAACAUGGGAGAUAUUAUCAAAAAAUAAUACUCGUAAUGGAAAGAAUGAAGUUAAUGAAAGUGGUUUCUGGACUAGAUUAAAAAAUAUGUUUUUUAAUCCUUAUCCUUCCUUUAGGGAUGAACUUAGUGUUCUCACAGUUUACAACUGUCUUCCUAUGUACCAUACUGUGGGUUGCGUCUUUUGCAUGGGACACCUUCUUCGAGCAUUAGAGGAACAACAAAAUGUAUUGGCUUCAGUGUCCGACUAUAAAAGAAGUUUAAACGAGGAAGAAGAAAAAGAAAAAGAAAAAAAAAAUUCUCUACCUAGUCGUCUGGAACCCCUUAAUAAUGAGAAUAGAAAGUGUUUAGCUCCGACUGCACGAAUGAUUAUUCGAACUAAAUUUAGUGCUUCUCGGUUUGUACGUGAUUUGCAGUAUUAUCGUGUUACUGUUUUUCAGUACAUUGGUGAAAUUAUACGCUACGCUUUACACUAUGAGAUGAAACAAAAGAAAAUCCUAAACAUUGUUGGCAAUGAUGUAAGUAACAACUGCGUAAAUGAAACAGGUGAUGGGAAAAGUAAUUGUAAUGAGAAAAGUUCCACAACGAAUCAUUCGCAAGGAAAUAUGUGGAUUGUACCUUUUGCAUUUGGAAAUGGACUUCGUAGUGAUAUCUGGCAUGAGAGUAAGGCAUAUCUACAUAUUGCUCAAAUUGUAGAAUUCUAUAGUUCAACAGAAGGUAAUAUAUUUCUUAUCAAUUUAUUUGACCUCCCUGGUGUUUCUGGUCAUCUUCCACUCUUCCCAUCGCCUAUUUAUCGUCUCUCUACACAAUUUAAUCCUCUUUUGCCGUUUCGCGUUGUGCGAUAUGACUUUGAUAGUGGUGAGGUUUGGCGUGAUCCCGCUACCGGCCGCUGUGCCUAUUGCGGUGUAGGCGAGACGGGUGAAGUGGUGGGUGAAAUUAUUCGCGGCUUUGAUAUAUUUGGCCUUCGCCGCUUUGAUGGAUAUCACAGUGCGGUGGAAACACGCCGGAAUAUUAUCCGUGAUGUCUUUACCGCCGGCGAUGCGUAUUUCCGUUCCGGUGAUCUCGUUCGCUUUGAUGAGAUGGGGUUCGUUACUUUUGUCGAUCGCGUGGGGGAGACAUACCGCUGGAAGGGUGAGAAUGUCUCCACGACGGAGGUGAUGAAUACAAUCAACAGGGCCGCCGGCACGCAGGUGGCAGUGCAGGAGGCGGUGGUGUACGGUGUGUGUAUACCCAAACGGGAGGGACGGGCGGGAAUGGCAAAACUCACACUUACACAGGAAAGACCAAAGAGCUUAAAUUUAAAUGUAAUGAAAGAUCAUAAUAAUAAUAAUAAGAAGAAGAAGAAAGAGAAAGAGAAAGAAGUAGAAAUAGAUGCCCUGUAUGUCUCUCAGACAGAGGAACGGCUCUUUCUGCAGAAUGAACUCUAUGGACUUCUCACCGGUAAAGAAGGAGAUGGAUCCACCGCCCUGCCCAGUUAUGCUAUUCCCGUCUGUAUUCGCGUAGAUGAUCAAGAUCAAGAUGGAGAAACUAAUACUCUCAACAUGCAUAAACAACAACAACAACAAUUACACUACAUAGAAAAUGAUAAAGAAGAGAAAACAUCCCGGUCAAAGACUAAAAACCACACGGGUGAUGCAGAGCACACCACCACCACAUUUAAAUACCGUCGACACGUCCUUGUAAAAGAGGGUUAUCAAUACGCUUUUUCAGGAAAUAAUGCCUAUCAAUCACGGGUAUAUGUUCUGGUAACGAAGAAAGAACUCCUUGAGGUGGCAGGAAUAAAACCAAUUCCUGAUUCAGUGAAAUGCGGUUAUGUCCCGUUGAAUACAGAGACAGUCAGUUUUCUUGGCGAAGAACUUCAGAACUGUGGGUGGUGA